AUGACUAUCGUCUCCUAUUCUCAAUUGAUAUUUCUUCUACUAAUAAUAAACUGUUGUACUAUUAAAAGCAAUGCCAAUCGUUAUCGUCGGCAAAUAAAUGAUGGUACUAAUCGUAACACAGGUAUUCCACAACCAGUAGUUGUUGGAUCAAUACCAACAAAUCAACAGAAUAAUCAAAAUCAUUUAAUUGCUGCAUCUCAACCACAACAGAAUUUAGCUCAAGGCCGUGGUUUUUAUAAUAGUCCAGCUUUUCAACCACAACCAUUUAGUGGUGAAAAACCAGCAGGUUGGUUUGGUACUAGUUAUACAAAUUGGGUAUCCAGUCAAGAUAGUGAAUUAAAUAAAAAUAAAAUAGCUACAGAAAAGAAUGCAUUACCAAACAUUCCUCCAACGAAUAAUGUUCAACCACGACGAGAAGAUGGUGGACCAUUUUUUCUAGCUAAAAUAGCUAAACAGUAUGCAGCUAAAGGUGUAAAAGGUUUUGAUUUUGGUCAAUUUGAAACUCGUGAAGGACGUGGUUCAGUUUGUUAUAAUCAUGAAAAUUUUGAUGGAUAUGUAUUUGGUAAGUUUUCAUGUCCAUUACCAGCAAGUACAGGUAUGAAUCAACUUGAUCAAUAUUGUUGUGGUAUGGCUAAUUAUCAGUAUUGUUGUAAUGCACAAGAAUUUAGUCAAAAUCAACGUGGAGCCUUUGCAGAUAAUAGAUAUAUUGGUGAUCAACGUUUUCCAAAACGAUCUACAUAUUCUACAUCAACCAAACGAUUACUUGCUGUUAUUAUACCUAUUGCUAGUUUUGUUGUUCUAGCAGGAAUUGGUAUAUUAGUCUUUUUAUAUUAUAAAAAAUUCCGAAAAGAACAAUAUAGAACGAGAAAAUUAUCUGGAGCUAUUCGUUUAGAAGAUAAUUAUUCAAUCGUUCCACAAGACCCAUCACUUGAAAAGUCGGGAUCUAUUCCAGAUGAACUAUAA